GUAUUUUCAUUCAUCAAAUGUUUGCAAGCGUAUUCAUAUAAAUGACGGCACGUAUGACACUGCGUAUAUAAGAAAUGUCAGCUGGCCCCAAACAUCUUUGACCACAGCCCAAACAAGCUUCCAGCAGCAGCAGACCCAGCACCACCAUGCUGCACCUGCUGCUAGUACUGCUUUUCGCCAGCUUAGCUGCUGCACGCCAAAACGUGCUGGUUCUGGGUGGUAAUGGAUUCAUCGGCGCUGAGGCGGUGGCGGCGCUGCUGCGCGAGGACGCCUACAACAUCACGAUCCUGAACCGCGGCUCAGAGAACUACGACGUGCGCGAACGCGUCUUCCCCUACGUGACGCGCCUGAAGUGCGACCGGUACGCCGCCUGCAGUAGCUGCCGGCAGGGAAAUCCGCUGCUGGGCUGCGCCGAUCUGGUGGCGGCGCAGCGCAUUGUGCCGCAGUGGGACUUCGUCGUCGACUUCAGUGGCUACGAUCCAGACGCCGUGGGGCAGGCGCUGGACGCACUCGGGGAGAAGAUGAAGUACUAUGUCUUCAUCAGCUCUGACUCUGUAUAUGAGGUGUGCGUGCCGGGCACGGGCGUGCUCUCGCGCGAGGAGUCUGCGCAGCGGCCGGCCGACCGCAAGCUGCAGCGCCAUCUGGCGGCGCGCGACGCGUACGGCGACCGCAAGCUGGCGGCCGAGGAGCUACUGUCGCGGCGGGGCGUGCCGCACCUGGUGCUGCGCCUGCCGGACGUGAUCGGGCCGCGCGACACCACGCGCCGCUGGUGGCUCUACCAGCUGUGGAUCGAGCACAUGGCCGCGCUGCGCCAGCCCGUGCCCGUGCCGCCGUCCGUGCGCUACUUGCGCACCAGCUACGUGUACGUGUUGGACGUGGCGCGCGCGCUGGUGGCGGCGCUGCGGCGCGCGCAGCAGCCGGACGUGCGCGGGCACGCCUUCAAUCUGGCGCUCGAUCGCGACUUUCGGCUGGCCGAGCUGCUGGCGGAGAUGGCGCGCGAGCUGGGCGUGCAUAGCGUGGUGACGGUUGACGUGGCGCGCGAGGACGUGGCGCGCUUCCUGCCGUCCGUGUACCGCGGCCCGGUCAGCUGGCAGCGCGCGCGGGACGUGCUCGGCUUCGAGCCGACGCCGUGGCCGGAGGUGCUGCGCGACACCGUGCGCUUCUACCGCGAGGCACUCGUCAAGUUUCCGAACGAGCGGCGUAAGGUGUUCGCCACGCUGGGCAGCUUGUUCGAGGACGACGAGGCACGCAGCCGCCUCAUGGAGCAGGUGGAGAAGAACCUGCUGGACGGCACGUUCGGAAAGCGGGAGGAGCUGUGAGGCGCCGUGCGUGCCGUCAAGAACUUGCCAGUCUUGAAGGCUUUGGUAUGGGUUGCUUGUUUGACUUUGGCGACAUAGCGAUGCCAGCACCUACUGACCUGGAACCUGGUGUGGAAGGCAACCAGUAGCGCGGCGCCUGACGAUCUUACAGUUGUUUUUGGUGCUGAGCGAGUCGCGAUGCCUUGCAAUGGCUGCAGGCAAAUCUCAGAGUGCAGCAGUUUUUAGUCAAUGAGACAUGGUCUUCAAACCAGUUGUUGGGCGCCUUUUGCCCAAACCGCACAUAAUGAGCCCAGUGCCCAUGCUCAGUAUGAUGAUAACUCAAUGGUUUCGAGAGCUAGGCGGCUGUGAUUUUAUAUUCUCGUUCACUGACGUAAAAAUGUUAAUAGAUAGUUGUGGUGCGUGUCGACAGCCAUGGCUGGGAGCUUAUAUGCCAAAUAUAUCUAUG